AUGUCGUCGCCAAUGUCCAUCAAGCGGCGCAGGCUGAAUGAUGCCAAAACCAAGCUCAGAAAGCCUUUUGUCUCGCCCAUGCGCACGCACAAGACCGAGCGGACGCCAUUGAAGGAAGACACCAGCAGAGCCAAUGUCGCAUACCCUACCUACACGCCGAGCACACUGGCACAUACCAUCAAGCCAGCGGUACCAACAUUGGGACCAAUAACUACCAAAUCAGCACCUUCACGAUCAAGCUUCGCUCCAGUCAAGUCCACGCCCAUCAGGAAACAGAAAUCCUUCUCCGCCCUGUCCUCCUCCAAGAAGACCAUCUCCCCAGAAGAGCAAGCCGUCAAAAAGGCAAUCUCCCAAACCGAAUACCAAAUCCGCAAAGUCCAAAACGAACUCGACACCCUCCAGCAAGCCCACAAACUCAUCCACUCCACCACCGACGACGAAUUGCGCGAGCUCUCGGAGAAAUGGCGGCUUUGCUCGCAAUCCGCCGCUGAGGAACUCUUCGGCGACGUGAAAGAGCGUGUGCAGCGGAUGGGCGGCGUAGCUGCUUGGCGAGACAUGGAGAAGAGGAAGUACGAGCGGGCGAAUGGAAGGGGGGAGUUUGCGCCGCAGGAAGAGGAACAAGGGGACGGUGAUGCGGAUUGCGAGUUUGAUAGUGAGGGCGAGGAGUUGCCCGAGGCAGAGCAGGAGCAUCGGAAGAAGAUCAAGAGGCAGGCGUUGCAAGAGGCGAGGGAUGCGGCGGAUGUGCCUGAUGAGCCGGAGGUUGAUCCUGGUGCGCAGAAGACGAGGGUUUGGCAGGAGGAUGGCAAGGAGGAUGAUACGUUUACGAUGGAUAUGAUGCUGCGGUCCCUCAACAUCGACCUCGGACUCAUCGGCUACGACAAGGAUGCGCAGAGGUGGACUUGA